AUGACGCGGUAUCAAUGGACAAAAUGGUUGCCAAACUUGAGAGUUCAAUCACCAACAAAUAGGGAGAAGAAGCUGUUGCGCACGCAUGAAGAGAGGCAAGAAAAGCUUAUACCCGACAGAAGUGCUCUCUGGCUACCUCUAUCGUUGACUCGAGUGAGCUUGUUAGUCUUCGUUAUCGUCCUAAUCAGUCUCCUGAUUGCACUAGGGGUCCUCAAAUAUCGGGCGGACCAAGACCGUGGGCUCACAAUCAUCACAUCGAAUCAUUAUACUUGGACCUAUGGACCAACAGCUAUCUUGGUAUUGGUGACUGCCUACUGGCGUCUAGUGGACUAUAAUUGCAAGGCUCUAACGCCAUGGGCUGAGCUUGCGAAAGGUCCAGCUAAUGCGGACCGCAGCUUGUUACUAGACUACGUAUCCCCCUUCCUGGGCCUUACCGUUGUCACCUCGGCGAGACGAGGCCACUUUUCAGUUUCCUCAACGGGCUUAGGCUUCCUGCUGUCUAAACUUGUCACGAUUGCAUCUACCGGCUUGUUUUUCCCUGCCGAAGUUCCAUCCGAUCCGGUCCAAGUCCAAUUAUCGCAAGCAACCCGGUUCAAUAACAUCACAAAUUUUACCGGAUUCCACGACCCAGGCGUCUGGCCUUUCUAUACAGCAUAUGCGAUACUUGAAAAGGGCUAUCCACUUUCAGAGGGGGCAGACAACGCCCAUGUCUACGAGACGUUCCGCCCGAUGAACGACACCUCGGCCUCGAACGCGGCUUACCAAGUGGAGGCCUCGGCACUCGUGCCUCACGUCGCCUGCGAUCCAGUCGAGGUUGAUAGAAUACUGGAUGACAGCGGGACGACCAUGGUGUGGCGCCUUCAAGUGAGAAAUGGAUCUGGCUGGGUGUGCCCCGUAUCGGGAGCUACCAACGAUGGAAUAAGUAUCGUCUCUCUGAACAUUCGAGAUAAAUAUUGCCCUCCAAGGCAACUGUGGCCAUCAUUCGCCGAACUUCGAUGCACACGUGAUACCCCCCAGAGCGGCUCCGAAGGCUAUCCUUUGUUUGUUGGUCUCUCAGACCUACGGUAUACGCAAAACUACAAUUUUUCCCUGGAUGGACAUAUCUAUGGAGACUUAAUCACCCCCGAAACCUAUGAUCUCGAAGUUCUGAAGACAACAGCAAUGCUCUGCACCGUUUCUCAUACCGAACAGCUUACGCGUCUCACAUACAACAUGUCAUCUAUCCAGAAUCCGGUGCAAUCAGCUGAAUUGCUACCUACAACUGCCAACAUUUCUUUGCAGAAUGUUCCUAUCGAUUAUCUAUCAUCGGCCCUCAAUUUCGCAUCCCAGUCAGCUGGGUCAACCUCAGCGGGUAAUUUGUUUGGCCCAACCGAUCCGUAUACAGCAUUCACCGAACAACCAAUAAACACAUUGCUUACAAUGGUAGCAGAGUAUGCAGCCAGCAACUAUGCCUUCAUGCUAGACCAUCCAACGGAUAUGGCCGGGGCCGUUCAAGACGUUCUGCAUCAAAUGACCAUUCAAGUUAUGAAGUCCACCCUUGUUUCUCCCACAAACGAGACAUUUCGAGGUGCUGAGGUCGCUGGGCAAAAGAUCCAGUUGGGGUCAAGACUGCAAGUGCAAAAAUUGUCAAUGAUAACGAUGAUUGUUGGUGUCUUCUGCAUGGCGAUUUCGAUCAUUCUUGUCAUGUUUUUCAGACCUAUGACGACUCACACCAUAAACCCAACGACGCUGGCAGCAGCCGCACAUGCUCUGCAAAACAGCCCUAAUGUCCAAGCGCAACUGUCCGGUAUGGUGUUUAGUCCCCCGCAGCAUUCACACUCCGAAAUCCGGAAGUCACAAUGGUUGGGUCAAGGGUCUCUCCCAACAAUGGUACUACAUAGCAUAUCAAGCGCUGAAGAAAGUAGAGAGCUGAAGGAGAUAUCUUUAACCACGCCAAUCCGCUACUACAGACCAUUCACACUGAGAAAACCAUUUCUCUGGUCAACAUUUCUGGUUCCUCUUCUCCUGAUUGGGAUUUUGGAGUAUCUGCAGCACUUGUCUGAUAAUAGGUCUGAUCUAGGCAUUGUCUCGCUGUCUGCUAAUUCCAUUACGCAGAGCUUAGUAGCAAGAUACAUUCCUGCUGUGGUGGCGCUGUUGGUUGCAACUAUGUUCAAUUGCCUUGAUGCCAACACUGCUAUACUAUCACCAUUCAGUACAAUGGUCGAUCGGGAAGUUUCCAACGAUGAUUUGUCUCAUACGUGGCUCGACAGAACACCACCAAUGAUGAUUUACCAAGCGAUAAGGCGCCAUCAAUGGGGCUAUAGCCUGACAACAUUGGCAUCCGUGGUUGGCAGCGCACUUACCAUUGUUAUAUCUGGUUUAUAUACCGUCGAAAACAUUCCACGGUCAGAUUCAGUUAGUCUCAUCACUCAAGAUUCAUGGAAUAUGUCCUUCCAUCAAGGUCUCUCAACCGACAACGGAACGGCGCUAGUGUCGAGUCUCAUUGAAAGCGCCAACCUUUCAUACCCGGCUUUCACUUUUGAUGAGCUGGUAUUCCCGAACAUGGCUUUAAACAGCUCAAAUAAUGCGCUCAAACGGGGUGGUUCUGGUCUUGUGGGUGCUAAAGUUCCCGCGCUCAGAGCGGAACUCGACUGUACAGACAUACCAUUCAACCUGAUGAACUACUCUUUCUCAUGGAACUCCCACUACGGAUUUAGCCAGAUUUCGUUUAGCGGUCACAUACCUCUACCAGAUAACUGUCAAUUGGGCUCUGCCUAUGGAAACGAGUCGUUCGUGUCGAUGUCCAUGGCAGGUGGCGGUUGGUGGUCUAAGGAUGAUUCAAAUGUCAGCUACGUGGGACAGGUUUUAGACCUACAUGUCGGAGCUUGGCCAGGCGAAGACAAUCAUAUUAUAUACGAAGAGACAGGGGAUUCAGCAGCACCUAAUCAGCCAGAUAACCCACCAGGAUGCCCAUCCGUGCUAAUAUUCUACGGCUUUUUGGACGGCACAAAUUCGACCAACAAUGUGUGGAGAUCAAUGUUAUGCGAUCAAAAAGUCCAGAAGCUGAUCACCGAUAUAACUUUGAGUCUGCCGGAACUCAAGAUCUCAACCGAACAUCCACCGGUUGUGGACGAAUCAACGAUGGAAUACUUAUCCAGUGGUCCAAAUGGUGAGACAUCGUUCUGGUGGAGAACAGAACCAGGCAUUUCUUCGAGCUUCCGAAUCCUGAACAAUAGCGUUGUCGACCCACUUCUGUUGGAAUACGAUGAUGUUGUUCCUUCGUCGACUGUUGUUUCGAGCUUCUUUCGAGGUGCCAUGUAUGGGAUGACGCCCUUUCCUCUUGAAACUCUGCAACAAGAUGAUGAGAAAACAAAAGACAGAAUCUUUGACCAUCUACACAUGUUCUACCGGCGAUACAUGGCGCAGUACAUCUCGGCUAACAUGCGCACAACUGAAGAUCCUUCAGAGAACACUUCUCGGAAACGGGAUGGUGGGACUGUCAAUACCCCAACAGUGGACGGAGCGUACAUGCCAGAUACGGGGACUCCACGGUUAAUGCAAGCUAGGACGCCUAAGAUUGUCCUACAAGCCAUGUUAGCGUUCAUGAUCGUCUGUGCUGGUUUGGCACUUUGCGUUGGGACGUAUCAUGACCUCGUCCCCUGGAAUCCUUGCACGAUUGCCGGACUUUUGAUCCUUUUCGUCGGUAGCAGGAUGUGCGCACCGCGGCUUUCGUCUCUCGACUGCCCUAAUCAGCUGAUUCCGAAGAAAGAUAUCUACACUUUUGAUAGCCCUACGAAGAAUGUUGGAGGCCAGAACGCCACAACAUAUGAACUAUCGUAUUUCCCGGACCAAGGUCCUCUGCGACCCCGCUAUCAGGACAGCACUAACAGUAUUCAGCCCUCACUCCAAAAUGUGAGGAGCACCCAGACGGAUAUCUCCAUGACGACAAGCAUGGACUGGAAGGAUCCGCGCGCCCGUUUUCGCCUGGGUUGGUGGAAUAAAGGUAGAUUUGUUGGCUCGAGGCGCCCGGCCCGACAAGGCCGUGGACGGCUGAGAGGCGGGCAGUACGAUCGCAUAAUUACACGUGAGGAUAGCCAGGAUUAUAACUGGAGGUAUGGCAUUGACAUGCUCUAA